AUGGCAGCGCCAGUUUCCCUCCCUGAUGUCAUCGCCUCUAUAACAUCUCAUUGGUCACCACACCUCGUCGCCACCAUCAACAAUCACCACGUCAAAGUCGCCAAAAUUGACGGCGCCUUCAUAUGGCACGCACAUGAAAAUUCCGACGAGGUCUUCUAUCUCAUUUCUGGCAAGCUCACAAUGGAGAUGGAGGGGGGAGCAGUCGAAGUAGAAGCCAGAGCAGAGAUCCGCAACGUUUUGAUGAAGCCGGGAGACAUGUUCACCGUACCCAAGGGCGUCAGGCAUCGGCCUGUCGCAGAGGAUGCCGUGAUCAUGAUGAUAGAGAGGGAGGAUACGGUCAACACAGGAGAUCAAGUGGACUCUGAGAGAACGAGAGUAGUCAAGGAUGCGCGUUAA